UUUUUAGAUCACCACACUUAUUAAUCAUAAAGAUAAUACCAAAAAGUCAGAUAAAACUCUGCAAGCAAUUCAACGUGUGGGGCAAGCUGUCAAUUUGGCUGUUGGAAGAUUUGUGAAAGUAGGUGAAGCUAUAGCUAAUGAAAACCGGGAUUUGAAAGAAGAGAUAAACAUUGCCUGCAUUGAAGCUAAGCAAGCAGGAGAAACAAUUGCAGCACUUACAGAUGUAACCAGCUUGAACCAUGCAGAGUCUGAUGGCCAGAUCACAAUUUUUACAGAUAAAACAGGUGUCAUAAAGGCAGCAAGAUUACUUCUUUCCUCUGUGACAAAGGUGUUGCUGCUGGCAGACCGAGUAGUUAUCAAACAGAUAAUAACAUCAAGGAAUAAGGUUCUCGCAACUAUGGAAAGACUAGAGAAAGUGAAUAGCUUUCAGGAGUUUGUCCAGAUAUUCAGCCAGUUUGGAAAUGAAAUGGUGGAGUUCGCACAUCUCACUGGAGAUAGACAAAAUGAUUUGAAAGAUGAAAAGAAGAAGGCAAAGAUGGCAGCAGCCCGAGCAGUGCUUGAGAAGUGCACAAUGAUGCUUCUCACAGCAUCAAAGACAUGUCUCAGGCAUCCUAACUGUGAAUCAGCCCAUAAAAACAAAGGAGGAGUGUUUAACCGAAUGAAAGUGGCACUGGAUAAGGUCAUUGAAAUUGUGACUGACUGCAAGCCACAUGGAGAGGCUGACAUUUCAUCCAUCAGCAUUUUUCGUGCAAUUAAAGAAUUCAAGGUGAAUAUUGAAGCUCUUCGGGAGAAUCCUUACUUUCAGCCCAAAGAGAACUUCUCAGAGACAUUGGCGGUCAUCUUGGAGCAGACAGAGGACUUCACCGAUUCUGCCUACACCAGCCACGAGCACAGGGAACGCAUCUUGGAGCUGUCUACUCAGGCGAGGGUGGAACUGCAGCAGUUCCUCUCUGUGUGGAUGCAAGCUCAAAGCAAGAAAACCAAAAGUAUCGCUGAAGAACUGGAGCUCAUUAUUUUGAAAAUCAGUCACAGUCUCAAUGAACUGAAAAAGGAACUUCAUAGCACGGCAAUGCAGCAGGCAGCAGAUCUCUUAAAAUACCAUGCGGAUCAUGUGGUUCUAAAAGCGUUAAGACUUAGUGGAGUAGAAGGAAACUUAGAAGCUUUGGCCGAAUAUGCCUGUAAACUCUCUGAACAGAAAGAACAGCUUGUUGAGACCUGUCGAUUGCUGAGACAUGUAUCUGGGACAGAACCUCUUGAGAUAACUUGUAUCCAUGCAGAAGAGACAUUUCAGGUGACUGGCCAGCAGAUAAUCUCUGCUGCUGAAACGCUGACAUUGCAUCCAUCUAGUAAAAUUGCUAAAGAAAACCUGGAUGUAUUCUGUGAAGCUUGGGAAUCCCAAAUCAGUGACUUGGCCACGCUGCUGAGGGAAAUCAGCGACGUCUUUGAAGGACGACGAGGAGAGAAGUAUGGCUACCUUCCACUGCCAAAGCCAAUGAAGAACAAUGUAAAUAAAUCACUGAAGCCCGACAAGGCUGACUCUGAGGAGCAAGCCAAGAUAGCGAAGCUUGGACUCAAGCUGGGCUUGCUUACUUCUGACGCCGACUGUGAAAUUGAGAAGUGGGAGGAUCAGGAGAAUGAGAUUGUUCGAUAUGGACGGAACAUGUCCAGGAUGGCUUACUCUCUCUAUUUAUUUACCAGAGGAGAGGGGCCGUUGAAAACUUCCCAGGAUAUAAUUCAUCACCUAGAGGUUUUUGCUACAGAAGGAUUAAAGCUUACUUCAAGUGUACAAGCUUUUUCAAAACAGCUGAAAGAUGAUGACAAGCUUAUGCUUCUCCUGGAAAUAAACAAGCUAAUUCCACUAUGUCACCAGCUCCAGACAGUAGCUAAAACAUCUUUGCAGAAUAAAGUAUUUCUAAAGGUUGAUAAGUGUAUUACAAAGACCAGAUCCAUGAUGGCUCUGUUGGUCCAGCUGCUCUCACUGUGCUACAAACUGCAGAAGAAGCUUCAGAUAGAAAAUAGCAGAUGGGUCUCAGUUACAAACAGAGAUGCCACGGACAGUAAAACCUGAGAAGCUGUUGGGGUCAGACCUCUGGAUCAUCGUGGCAAAACUGGGAUUUUAAGGAAGCAAAUAAUAUUUUACAUUUGCAAAAAUUUAACAGUUCUAUAAAGAAAACACUGCUUGUGUGAUCUUCAGAAUGGGAAGUUGUCAACUAACAAAUGCCAUGGGCGUUGCUAGAAUUCUAAUUGCAGUGUGAUUUUAAAAAGGAGCACUGUACUAAUAAUGUUCUUUAAAAGAUAAACCAAAUAUCCCGACUGUCUUAUUGACAGCAGCAUCCAAAGAAGCUAUUCUGAACAUGCUCAACUCUGGCGUAUCACUAUUUUAUUUAUGCUUAUCAUUUAGAAAAUUUCAGCAGAAAACAUACAGUAGUUUGAACACAGUGUUUUUCUUAACCUUGUGGACUCUGCAAUCCCUCUGCCCGUGGAAGAACUCCUCAGAUCCCAUGACCAUGCUAGCACCAGUGUUUUCCAGCAGACAUUUCAUGUAAGACAGGUCCCUUGUGAGGCUUUGUGUGUCACUCUCCUCCUGUCUGAAGCAAGGCAACAGAAUCCUGAAGCAACUUCUGGAGAAGAAAAAUGGCUCUCCCAUUUUAACUCUUCAAUAGCUGGCCAACUGGUCCUAGUGUUAGAAUCCUAAGCCUUUGUUACUUGUUACUGCUUUAAACACUUCUGAACUCUCCUCAGUAUUGAUGAAAUGGCAAAUACAGACAGAAUAUUGAAACCAAGGGCUGAUUAAAUUCCUGAUGAUGUACUUUAUAUGUGUGGCAUUGGAAUGUUCAUUAUAAAACAAAUAAACAUCUUUAGUCUUUUAAA